CACAGGCUGGUUGGGAACACUUAUGAACUGUCAGGUCAGACCGAUGACGGACGUGUUAGAGAACAGUGUCAGAUAACUGGGGACUUUAACAGAAGAGUUUGGAUUUUAUUGUUUAAUAUAAAGUACCGACGCGGUAGAUACACAGCAGCCGGUUCGGAUUAUAACUUAAUCUAAACAGGAAGUGUUGUUCGGUUGUUUACAAACUCCUGAGUCUGAGGUGAUGCAACAUGGCAGCAGCUGCAGUCAAUAGGUGUUUGCUCUCAGCGCUCAGGACUAACACACGGUGUCGAAGCCGAGGACUUCACUCUGUGGCCGGGGGGACAGUGAGCCCGGUGUCCUCUGGUCCUCCAUGUGACCGCAGGGGAGCAGACGGGGACACGAGGCUGGACAGGAGAGCCCCUGGCUGGGAGAGGAGGAGCAGCGGGUCCGCUCUUCUGCUCGGGUCGGUGUCUGUGGCUCUGGGACUGUGUGGUCUGGUGGACAGACAGGAGGAGGAGACAGACAGAGGAGGGUCAGUGUCUGUGGCUCUGGGACUGUGUGGUCUGGUGGACAGACAGGAGGAGGAGACAGACAGAGGAGGGUCAGUUUCCAGACGGUUUGUGGAUCACAUCCUGCCAGCAGCUCACUGUGCGUCCCCCUUCAAACCUGACAGCCCCCGGUACAAAUACAACUUCAUCGCAGACGUGGUGGAGAAGUCCACUCCAGCUGUGGUGUACAUUGAAAUCGUUGGCAGACACCCGUUUUCAGGAAGAGAAGUCGCAGUGUCAAAUGGCUCUGGUUUCAUUAUCAGCAGUGAUGGUCUCAUUGUCACCAAUGCCCAUGUUGUGGCCAACAAGAGGGGCGUCCGUGUGAAGCUCACCAACGGAGAGACGUUCAACGCCACCGUGCAGGACGUGGAUCCGGUGGCAGACAUCGCCACCAUCAAAAUCAAUGCAAAAAAUCCUUUACCCACCCUGCCCCUCGGCAAAUCAUCUGACGUUCGGCAGGGAGAGUUUGUGGUCGCCAUGGGGAGCCCGUUUGCGUUACGGAAUACGAUCACGUCGGGAAUCAUCAGCUCAGUGCAGAGAGGCAGUAAAGAGCUGGGCCUGUCCAACUCGAACAUGGACUACAUACAGACAGAUGCAACCAUUGAUUUUGGAAAUUCUGGAGGUCCCCUGAUUAAUCUGGACGGGGAAGUCAUUGGUAUAAACACCAUGAAGGUCACUGCAGGGAUCUCCUUCGCCAUUCCAUCCGAUCACCUCAGAGGGUUCCUUGAUAAAGCAGCGAAAGGAAAGAGUUCCAGGUCUGGUGAGUCAGACACAAGGCGGCGAUACAUCGGUGUGAUGAUGCUGACACUGACCCCGAGUAUUAUUACUCAGUUGAAGUUAAGAGACCCGUCCUUCCCUGACGUGACACAUGGCAUCCUGAUUCACAGAGUCAUCAUGGGCUCCCCGGCCAACAGAGCGGGCAUGCUACCUGGAGAUGUGGUGGUGGAGAUUAACGGAGUGAAGGUGAACACGUCGGAGGAGAUCUACCAGGCCGUACGCAGCAGCAGCGACAAAAUCACCAUGAUGGUGCAGAGAGGAGACGAACUGCUUCGACUGCAAAUGACUCCCGAGAACACCGAGUGACACUUGUUUCCGCUGGUUGGCCAGAUUAUCGGAUUGUUAUGUAAACAUUUACGAGAAGAAAACUGAUGGCAACUGUAACCGGCACGUAAAAUGUAUUUGACGGUGCUCUAGACUUGUUAAAAUGUUGUUACUGCAAAUGGAAAAUACUACUGUUCAACUGCAGCAUCACUUUAAUUAUUUCAUGUUUUCUCUACAUGGCCGUUCUCUACCAAAUAACGGUAUAUAUAUAUAUAUAUAUACGUUCAUUUGUCAAACACUGACAGCUUGAGUGAGUGAACCUGCCAGUAUCUUAAGAUGCAUUAACAGUCCAGUAUUUAGUCUCGGGUUUUUCUGAGCACGAUGAGCAAAGCGUAUUUUCUACCUCUACAAAGUUUUACUUCUUACUUAGAGCGUGGGAGCCUGUAGCUCAGGAGGUCGGGUGGGUCGUCAAAUAACCCUGAAGGUUGAUGAUCUGAUCCCAAGCUCCUCUAGUCCACAUGCUGAAGGGCUGAUGUGCAAGAUACUGAACCGUUUAUCGCCAUGUGUGAGGGACAAAUGCUGUACUUAGUAAGAAAACUAGUCAGUGUCAUUUUGUAAAUUGAGUUUCUAUGUCCAAAACACAAUGUUUGUAUAGUAAGUUAAUGAAACCUGAAACAAUGUACUUUAUUAAAGCCAUUUAAUGUUUGACAGCAACAAGAAGCAUGAGAGACGACAGUAUGUCAUAGAGCGAUGGUCUUAAACUGACUACCAUUAACUGAGCAAAUAACUCCGACAACUCACCGAUGCUAUGAUGACAAUGAUCACACAGGUAAAAUUGUGAAUUGCUGAGAUUCCACUUGAUUAAAAGACAGUUUUGAGUAUGUCACGCACAGUAAAAACCAAAAACAUGAAGUUACUCCAUGUUGAGAGCAAGGAAAUUAUCCUCCUUAAAGAGAAGUAAAACAAAAAAGUGAAGAGAAAACUCUGUUUUCGAAGCUGUGAAGCCGCUCUGAGCAGAUUAAAAUGUCCCUGGUAUAUGUACAGUAACACACACUUACAGUAAAGUAAUAAAGUGACAUGUACUGGACUGCUACACAAUUAAAAGUAUUUACUUCAAA